CUGUUCCCAGCCUCAGUUCGCCAUGCGGCGAUCGAUCGUACGUUCUCUUCUCUUCUCUUCCUCCAGUGCAGUCCCAGCCACCAUGGCUCCUCUACCUCCCCUCCUUCUCCGCUACCUUGUCGUCAUCCUCAUCCCCCUCUUCCUAUUCUUCUCCUCCGCCUCCGCUUGGAAGAAGGACGAAUUCCGCAACUGCAACCAGACACCGUUCUGCAAGCGCGCUCGCACCCGCACUCCUCACUCUCUGCCUCGUCUCAUUGUCUCCGAUCUCUUGAUCUCCGACGGACACCUCACUGCACACCUCCAACCUUCCCUUAGCUCCGAAGACGACGUUUCCGCCGGUGAUACCCCUCACCCUCGCCCACUUGUCCUCCGCCUCUCCGUCUACCAGGACGGUAUCCUCCGCCUCAAGAUUGACGAAGACUACUCCGCCCCCUCCGCUCCUUCUAAACAAAGGUUCGAGGUUCCUGAUGUCGUUCUCCCCGACUUCGAAGACCGCCGCCUCUGGCUUCCCCGCGUUUCUUCCACUGAAGACGGCUCGAUUUCUUCCCUCUAUCUCUCGGACGGUUUUGAGGUCGUGUUACGACAUGAUCCUUUUGAAAUCCAGGUCCGACGGAAGAGAUCUAACGAUCCCAUAAUCUCGUUAAACUCGCACGGGCUGUUCGAAUUCGAGCAGCUUCGGGAGAAGAAGGAGGGAGAAGAUUGGGAGGAGCGGUUUAGAGGACAUACCGACACGAGGCCGCGCGGUCCUCAGUCGAUAAGCUUCGAUGUUUCGUUUCAUGGCGCAGAGUUUGUGUAUGGAAUCCCUGAGCACGCUUCCACUUCUUUGGCGCUUCGUGCUACUAGAGGUCCUGGUGUGGAGCAUUCUGAACCCUAUCGGCUAUUUAAUCUCGAUGUCUUCGAGUAUCUACAUGAUUCACCUUUUGGGCUAUAUGGGUCUAUCCCAUUUAUGCUCUCGCAUGGUCUGAAAGGUUCCUCUGGAUUCUUUUGGCUCAAUGCCGCUGAGAUGCAGAUUGAUGUGCUUGCCCCUGGAUGGGAUGAUUCGGCUGCUGCAGGCAACGAUAGGAUUGACACGUUUUGGAUGAGUGAGACAGGGAUUGUGGAUGCUUUCUUCUUUGUUGGCCCGGGGCCUAAGGAUGUUCUUCAACAAUAUGCUAGUGUGACUGGAACUCUAGCAAUGCCGCAGGAGUUUGCCAUUGCUUACCACCAGUGUAGAUGGAAUUACAGAGAUGAAGAAGAUGUUGCUACUGUUGAUGCUGGUUUCGAUGAGCAUGACAUACCUUAUGAUGUACUGUGGCUUGACAUCGAGCACACUGAUGGGAAAAGGUAUUUCACUUGGGACAGAGUAUUGUUCCCUAAUCCAGAAGAGAUGCAGAAGAAAUUGACGGCCAAAGGGAGGCACAUGGUUACUAUUGUAGAUCCUCAUAUCAAAAGAGAUGAUUCCUACUAUGUGCAUAAGGAAGCUACAGAUAAGGGGUAUUAUGUGAAGGAUGCAACAGGUAAGGACUUUGAUGGCUGGUGCUGGUCGGGUUCAUCAUCAUACCCGGAUACGUUGAACCCGGAGGUUCGGGAGUGGUGGGCUGAAAAAUUCUCAUUGAAGAACUAUGGAGGUUCAACACCGUCUUUGUAUAUAUGGAAUGACAUGAACGAGCCUUCAGUCUUCAAUGGCCCUGAGAUAUCAAUGCCAAGAGAUGCUUUACAUUUUGGAGGCGUUGAGCACCGGGAGUUGCAUAAUGUCUAUGGCCUCUACUUUCAUAUGGCCACAGCUGAUGGACUAUUGAAGCGCGGCAAUGGAAAGGAUCGUCCUUUUGUUUUAUCUCGAGCUUUCUUUGCUGGAAGCCAACGGCAUGGUGCUAUCUGGACAGGAGAUAAUUCUGCUGACUGGGAUCAACUAAGAUCUUCAGUUCCAAUGAUUUUGACACUGGGGCUUACUGGAAUCUCAUUCUCAGGUGCGGAUGUUGGUGGGUUUUUUGGCAACCCCGAACCUGAGCUGUUGGUGCGUUGGUACCAGCUAGCUGCUUACUAUCCUUUCUUUAGAGCUCACGCCCAUCAUGACACCAAGAGAAGGGAACCUUGGCUUUUUGGAGAGAGGAGAACUGCUUUGAUUAGGGAAGCAAUACACAUUAGAUACUCAUUGUUACCAUAUUACUAUUCACUAUUUAGAGAGGCUAGUGUUAGCGGUAUCCCCAUAAUGCGGCCUUUAUGGCUUGAAUUCCCCGAGGAUAAAAAAUCAUUUGACAAUAGUGAGGCUUUUAUGAUUGGUGAAGGUAUACUAGUUCAGGGGAUAUAUGAAGAGGGCCAAAAAUCUGUGUCAGUUUAUUUGCCCGGUGAACAAUCUUGGUAUAACAUGAGAAAUGGAGCUGCAUAUUCUGGAGGUCAGACCCACAAACUAGAAGUUUUUGAAGACAGCAUACCCAGUUUCCAGAGGGCAGGCUCCAUUGUCCCUAGAAAAUACAGAUUCAGACGAAGUACAACACAAAUGGCAAAUGAUCCCUAUACUCUGGUGAUUGCACUUAAUAGUUCUCUAGCUGCUGAAGGCGAGCUUUACAUAGACGAUGGCAAGAGCUAUGACUUCGAGCAGGGCGCAUACAUCCAUCGUCGCUUUGUCUUCUCUAAUGGCAAGUUAACCUCAUCUACUAUUCAUUCUGCCUCUCUGCGUGAGAAAAAAUUCUCGUCAAGCUGCACUGUGGAGCGGAUCAUUCUUCUUGGCUUACCAUCAGCUCCAAAAAAAGCUGUGAUCGAACCUGGGAAUCACGAAACCGAGAUUGAGCCAGGCCCGCUAACACUUAGAGGAGGUGCGAGCUCAGUCGCUCUCGUGAUCCGAAAGCCUAACGUUCGCAUCGCUGAUGACUGGACCAUCAAAGUCUUGUAGUUACUGCUAGCGGUUUACACGGGACUGCUUCAGGUUUUAGUUAGUUUGGAGUCACCUUCGACGGAAUUGAGCGGUAUGUUUCUAAUUAUCUUUUUACGGUUAAUCCUAUCAUUUCUGCCAUACCUGCAUGCAGACAGUUUUGUUUUGAUAUGUUUCUGCUUUGUUUAGUUAAUAAGUGUUUGGUUUCCUUGUUAGAGCCAAGAACUGUGAGUCUAGCUAGCAUAUAAUCAUGGGAACAAUGGCAAAAAGUUGGGUAAUGGUGAUCUUUAUCAAAUUUUUAUUCAGGAUGAAUUUCAAAAUUAUUGAGUUUUUUAAAAAAAAA